AAAAACAAAAAACCCAAAAUUCCACACCUUCUACUCUCAAAUCUCAAUCAGUCAACCUAUUAGGGUUUUCAUCAACACACCCAUUCUCUCUCCCUCAUCGCAAAAACCCAUCGAUCGAUCCAUUCGCUGCUCUCUCGAUCUCCCAAAGACAGCAUGUUCAGAUAAUAGUUAAAGGUUUGAGGAGCUCCAGGGACGAGUUUUGGGUUUGGUUUUCACAACUUUGCAAGGGGAGAGGGUGAAGAAAGGAUGUCAAGUGGCAGAGAAACCCAUUGGUGUUACCGCUGCAGCCGGCGAGUUCGACUGCGCGGACGAGAUGGAGCCUGCCCCAGCUGUAAUGGAGGAUUUGUUCAAGAACUUGAAGAUAUGAUGCGUGGCAGCCCAUUUGAUUUAUUUGGACUGGACAUUGAUGAAGAUCGCGAUAGGAGUUUAGGGCUUAUGGAAGCUUUCUCAGCUUUUAUGAGGCAGCGAUUGGCAGACAGAAGCCGUGGACAUGAUAUCAGGGCAAGAUCAGAUGCAGUUCCGGAACAUGCUCCUGGUUUUGGUCCUUUGCUGAUCUUUGGUGGCCAAAUUCCUUUUAGGUUGUCUGGAAAUGGUGGAGUUGAAGCUCUUUUCAAUGGAACUCCUGGGAUUGGUCUUACACGGGGUAAUGCUGGUGACUAUUUCAUAGGUCCUGGACUGGAAGAGCUGUUUGAACAGCUUUCGGCUAAUGAUCGGCGAGGCCCUCCCCCAGCAUCUAGAUCUUCAAUUGAUGCAAUGCCAACUAUUAAGAUCACACAGAAGCAUCUUCGUUCCGAUUCACACUGUCCUGUUUGCAAAGAUAAAUUUGAGAUGGGGUCUGAAGCAAGGCAAAUGCCGUGUAAUCAUAUGUAUCACACAGAUUGUAUUGUCCCAUGGCUAGUCCAGCACAACUCAUGCCCUGUAUGCCGCCAAGAACUGCCACCACAAGGAUCGAGUAGUGGCCGUAGCUCAAAUAGUCGAAGUAGAAGCAACAACUAUAGUGGUAAUGCCGAUGGAAGGGAAAAUAGUAGGGAGACUCAAGGAAGAAGGAACCCAUUCUCUUAUUUGUGGCCAUUCCGCUCAUCUACUUCUAGCUCUAAUCAUAAUGGAGCUGCUGGAAGCAGCUCUCCGACUAUCCAUGAAAGCAACGAGAUGGGUUAUUCAGGAUGGCCUUUUGACUAUUAGCACAUGGUUUGUAUAAUUGUAUUAUUGCCAUUGUGAUUAAGAUUAUCGGGUCCAACUUGCUAAACAAAUUGCUUGGAUUCGGCCAACAUAAGGGAGGAAAAAAAGGAGGUGCUUGAAUUGAAAGUGGUUUUAGACCUUAAAGUCUACCAGACUGGAGUGUGUGUGCUUGAUGAAUUAAGCUCUUUUUUUUUCUUUUUUUUUGUUAUGUUUUGUAACUUGCUGCUUUUUAUGUAAAUGACUCUUCUUUUGUGAAUUACCUGUCCUGAGCCUCUUUAGUGUUUUUGA